CUGGUGUCUCACGAACUCUAGGAAGCUCUAGAAGUUAAACCCAACUUUUCUAUUAUAAUGAUCCUCUAAACCUCGUUUAUCUCUAACUUUAGCGGACUCUGCAGAUUCUGCGUUCUGUUCUUUGCUCAUUUGAUCAUCUUCUUCAACAUCUUUUAACUGCUCUUUGCUCUGUUUUCUGUCUUUCAAACAGAAUGGCUGAACAAGCAUACACUGUGGCAUCUGAUAGUGAGAACACUGGGGAGGAAAAAUCUUCAUCGACUUUACCGGAGAUCGCUAUCGGGAUCGAUAUUGGCACUUCGCAGUGCAGUGUUGCAGUCUGGAAUGGCUCCCAAGUUGAGCUCCUCAAAAACACAAGAAACCAGAAGAUGAUGAGGUCAUAUGUCACAUACAAAGAUGACAUCCCUUCAGGGGGGGUCAGCAACCAGCUCUCCAACGAGCACGAAAUGCUAUCUGGAGCUGCCAUCUUCAACAUGAAGCGCUUAGUAGGCAGAGUUGACACCGAUCCCGUCGUUCACGCGUGUAAAAGCCUUCCCUUUCUGGUGCAGACAUUGGAUAUUGGUGUCCGUCCUUUCAUUGCAGCCUUGGUGAACAAUGCCUGGAGAUCCACUACUCCUGAGGAAGUUAUGGCGAUAUUUUUGGUUGAAUUGAGAGCAAUGGCUGAACUCCAACUUAAGCGGCCUAUAAGGCACGUUGUUCUGACGAUCCCUGUUUCGUUCGGCCGAUUCCAACUGACUCGCAUAGAACGAGCUUGUGCAAUGGCUGGCCUUCAUGUCCUGAGACUCAUGCCUGAGCCGACCGCUGUGGCAUUGCUAUAUGCGCAGCAGCAGCAACAGACCACACACGAUAACAUGGGUAGUGGGAGUGAAAAGAUUGCUCUCAUCUUCAACAUGGGCGCUGGGUAUACCGAUGUAGCGGUGACUGCCACAGCAGGAGGGGUUUCCCAGAUAAGAGCACUGGCAGGAAGUGCCAUUGGUGGAGAAGACUUGCUUCAGAACAUGAUGCAUUAUCUAUUGCCUAAUGCUGAUACACUUUUCUCAAGCCAUAGCAUCAACGAGAUCAAAGCGAUGGGCUUGCUCCGUGUCGCGACUCAGGAUGCUAUCCACAAGCUCUCGACGCAGACCAGUGUCCCAAUCAAUCUGGACUUGGGAAAUGGCUCGAAAAUAAAUAAGGUCUUGCACAGACAGGAGUUUGAGGAAGUGAACAGAAAGGUGUUUGAGAAAUGUGAGACUCUAGUUACCCAGUGCCUCCAUGAUGCCAAGGUAGAAAUUGAAGAUGUGAAUGAUGUCAUAGUUGUAGGCGGGUGUUCAUACAUUCCGAAGGUGAAAGAUCUCGUCACGAGUGCCUGCAAGAGAAAAGAGCUUUACAAAGGCAUGAACCCGUUGGAAGCUGCAGUUUGUGGGGCUGCACUUGAAGGAGCAGUGGCCUCUGGUAUUAGUGACCCCUUUGGGAAUCUAGACUUGCUGACCAUUCAAAUAGCAACUCUCGCCAUAGGAAUCCGUGCUGAUGGGGGCAACUUCAUUCCCAUAAUACCGAGGAACACCACAAUGCCAGCAAGGAAGGAGAUGACAUUCACAACUGCUCAUGACAACCAGACGGAGGCGCUGAUAGUGGUCUACGAGGGCGAGGGGCAGAAGGUGGAGGAGAAUCACUUGCUGGGGUAUUUCAAGAUAGUUGGGAUCCCGCCUGCGCCAAAAGGAGCGCCAGAGAUCAGCGUGUGCAUGGACGUAGACGCCUCAAACGUGCUGAGGGUUUUUGCGGGUGUUGUUCAGUUGGGUUCUUAUCAACCGGCAAUGCCUUUCAUGGAAGUGAGGAUGCCUACAGUUGAUGAUGGUCAUGGCUGGUGUGCCGAAGCCUUGAACAGAGCUUAUGGUUCUACUUUGGAUUUGGUCAGUGUUCAGAAGAAAAUAUAGCUUUUUAGCUUGUGCAUUGAUAAAAUCAAUUUCAUGUUGUGAGUUAUUUGGAGGUUAUUGUGUGUAUUUAUCGAGUAUGUACUUUGGUUUUUUGAUGAAAUGAUGAUGGAAGAGUUGUUUUGUUCAUUAUGGUUGUAAUAAUUAAAAAGAAGAAAUAAAGCUCAUGUUUU